AUGGCCGCCAAUGGAAAGGUUGCCGAUGGAAAGGUCGCCAAUGGAAAGGUCGCCGAUGGAAAGGCCUCCAAUGGAAGGGUCGCCAACGGAAAGGCCUCCAAUGGAAAUGUCUCUGUGGAGAGCUCCAAGGGUCCAUGGGCCGAGUGCGCUGCUUGCAGCGCUCAAGGGCCGCGACCCCAAAACGAGGACGUCCAUGUGAUGCUCUGCAGUGGUCUACCUGAGGGUCCAGCUCCCAAUAUCAAAGCCGCCGGCCUGCCGGGCUUGUUUGAUGACCUCCCAGAGAUGGUCAGUGGACCAUCCUUACCUGAAAAGGUGUCGGAUCACAGCGAACGAUGUCCUGAGUGUUUGUUCGCUGUCUUUGAUGGCCACGGUGGGGCCUCCGCGGCCAGAGCCUGUGCAGAACGGUUUCCAACCGAAAUCCGGGAGGAACUAGAUGCCGCUGGCCGCGACUCAGCAGAGUCCAGACGUGUAGCAGUGCAGGGGACGUACUUGGCCUUAGACCGGCAUUUGAGAAUCAAACUUGGACCCGCAGCCAGAGAGUGUGGGACCACCUGCGUGUUUGCCUAUGCCUGGAAGCAAGAGGAGAACCCUGCCAAAAUUGGUGUUCUUCUCGCGAACUUGGGUGAUUCGCGUGCUUUGGUUCUGAAAUCCAACGGCAAGGGCUUCGAGGUUGCAGGAGAGACGAAGGACCAUACCCCCAAUGCGCCCGAAGAAGAGAAGCGCAUCAAAGCCGCGGGCGGGAAGGUGGAAGUCUUUCCGGGAAGUCGGGUUCCAGUGCUCAGAGUAGAUGGUUUCCUUGGUUGUUCCAGAGCCUUGGGAGACUUCCGAUUCAAGGAGGAUGCUGCAUUGCUGCCCGAACAGCAGAAGGUCUCAGCCGUGCCAGAGGUCUAUGAAUUUGAGUGUGAAAGUGGAGAUGCAAUCGUAUUGGCUUGCGAUGGAGUUUUCGAUGUGCUCAGCAGCAGCAAGGUGGCGAUGCUGGUGAGUGCGGAGGUCUCUUCCAGCGAAGCAGCAGAGGCAGCGGCCAAAUCCAUUGUGAAAGCGGCCUUGGAUGAUCCAAGGCAGCAAGACAAUGUGACCUGCGUGGUGGCGCUACUGAAGACUGGGCUCUCCUUUGAAGAUGUUUGUCCGCUGGACGGAAAGCAUGUGCCGCGAAUUGCGGUGCUCCCUGGAAACGAGCUGUUGCUCCUGAUUCAGGAAAGUGUUGGUCUUGUCUACAACCUCAGCACACGGCAGCCGUCUCAGAAGAACACCAUCACAUGGCCGAGGUACCUCAUGAAGUUUACGAUGCACUUUCCGUGCCCAUGUACUAGUGGCAUUGUCCUCCAUGCCGAGGCAGACUUCGGCGGCACCGAUGGCGCUUCCUUUUGGGUGGAACGCAGGAAAUCCGAGGAUGGACAAGCCAUCAAAAGGUACUUGCUCUCGGGUGAAGGAUUAGACUCCAGGCCCAUCGUGACGCGCCAGUAUGAAGACACGGACUCCGACAGCAAAGAGGAGAUCGAAGUCUUGAUGCAAGGUUACAAUGGCGUGAUUAUGGUUCAAAAUCGCAAAGUGCAGUUGAAGUUUAAAUGCAGGCGCAACAAAGGCUCCAUUGCAUUCUACAACUCCACUCAGAGCGACCGGGACGAUGUCCAUUUUUCGGAUGUCAGGAUCACUGCCAUCCAACGAGGGCCCAUGGAGAUUGGUGGUUGGCUCGGGCAGCGUGAGCGACAAUUGCUUGGUCGUGAUAGAGAGGAUCCCACCACGACGGUCCAAGAUGAGGACCAUGUUGGCCUCAGAGCCGAUGAAGAUCCUGGCGGGAGUACUCAAGUACUACAAAGAUCGCACAAGGCGUCGACUUUGCUCCGCCCAAGCAAUUCCACCUUCAAGAAGAGUCGCCCGCAAGGGCUGCAGAGCAACGUGCUCCAAAGGAGUGCGUCAGAUGUGGUCUUGCCGAAAUCCAACCCAUCCACAAAGAUGGGCUUUAAGGGAUCUGGUCAAGCCAGAGGAAGGUGGGUGGCCAUUGCCAAGAAUGCGCCGGCCAGCGAGAAGCAACUCAUUCGGGAUGCCAUGCCCAAGCUUCAGCCUUCCAAGGAGUCCUGUCAGGAUUUCAUCGCAAUGCCACUAUGA